UGGAAACUACAACUCACCAUAUGAUAGUGCAAUAUGCUUAUCACCGGUAUCUCUAUAUUCAGAUCUGUGUAUCGAAACAGGCUGUAUUUAAUUAAUUUAUAAUGUGUAAUAUAUCAAUAAUUUAAUUAUAGUUUGCAAAGCACUGGACCCCUGUUUUUUGGUAUCUGUAGCUGUUUAUAAUUUCUGCAAUUGUUUAUGUGCGGGUUUCAAACUUCCGAACAUUUCUCUAGAUGUUAUUACGAAUUUUGUACGUCUUUUGAAUCACAGUAUUAAAAAUUUAAUCGUUCCGAACUUGUGAACUAGACUGAUAAGCCGUGCGUGCAAGGACACGAGCAAGUUCCCUGGGCUCGGUCGUCGCUCGGUAAUCACACCUACGGUACCACACACUGAUCUAUACCGGAUUGAUGAUAGCUGUUGAAAUGCCAUGCAAGGCGUUAAUUGUAAGCCAGUUCGAAGGCUAGUCAGCGUCGUCAAAUAUCGUACAAUGAACCAACUACGCGCUUAUAUUCAAAUAUUUUUUUUUUUUGUUAGCGAAUUUGCGAAAAAAUCACCUACAAUCAGAGGUGGACUCACGGACACUUUCUAAGCUACUCGUGUGUGUGGCAUUCCUAGCUUCACCUCUAUACCCCUCACCACCAAUUAUUCUCACGCACUCAACGGUGUGAUCAUAUCUAUGGUGUGAUUAGAUAUAAAUUGGGAACAUGAGGCUAAAUUUUUCGAUUCUUCUCUCUGUGCGCUGCGCGUUCACGUUGUCAGUUGUUAAUUCCUCUCGCGAGAUUGAGUUUUGAGCCAACAGUUUCGAUUAAGCUGAACAGCGAUGGUAAUAGCAAAGAAAUAUAUUUUGACUAAGCACUUCCAAGGGGUGCCAAAAAGGUCAGACUUGAAAAUUGUAGAGGAAGAAUUGCCAGCUCUGCAAGAUGGAGAAUAUCUUAUCAAAGCAGAGUAUUUAUCAGUUGACCCAUACAUGCGGAUUUACAUAAGCCGGUAUCCAGUGGGAAGUGUCAUGAUUGGUAUCCAAGUGGGGAAAGUUAUAGAAUCAAAACAUGAAGAUUUUCCAGUUGGCAGAUACGUUGUUGCUAAUGCAGGUUGGAGAACGCAUACGAUUAUCGAUGGAAACAAAGGCACAGGACGAACUCUUGUGCCUGAAUAUCUUCUACCUGAUUCCAAUGAUUUUCCCGUUUCUACUGGACUUGGAGUACUAGGAAUGCCAGGGAAUACCGCAUAUUUUGGACUGAUUGAACUGUGUCAACCAAAAGCUGGAGAAACGCUUGUAGUAAGCGGUGCGGCUGGUGCAGUCGGAUCUCAUGUUGGACAAAUUGGAAAGAUUCUAGGUUUAAAAGUCAUUGGAAUUGCUGGGACCGAUGCAAAGUGCAAGUGGCUCAGGGAAGAGUUGGGAUUUGAUCAUACGAUUAACUACAAAACUCAAGAUGUUGCUGUAGCCUUGAGGGAGACUGCUGUGGACAAAGUUGACUGUUACUUCGAUAAUGUUGGCGGAGAAAUUUCCAGCAUUGUUAUAAACCAAAUGAACCAAUUUGGCCGUGUGGCUGUCUGUGGGAGUAUUUCUUCGUAUAAUACCGAUGCCAACGCAUUACCCAAAGCUACUAUCAUUCAACCAGCUUUACUAUUGUCACAACUGAAAAUUGAAGGAUUUGUGGUUGGUCGAUGGGCCGAUAGAUGGAUGGAGGGUAUUGAACAAAAUCUGAAGUGGUUGAAGGAAAACAAACUGAAGUACAAGGAAACGGUCACAGAAGGAUUUGAAAACAUGUUUGAUGCUUUUGUUGAAAUGUUGCACGGAGAAAACACUGGAAAGGCUGUUGUGAAAGCUUGAUUUCUCGCUAUUGUAUUGUAUAUAAACACGCCAAUUGUCCAUAUUCAUAGUGUAUAUUAUUUAAUCUCGUAUAAUAUCAAUGAGGGAAUACCAAUGAUGGUCAAUAUGUUACAUCAUAUACCUGCUGAUUAUCGGUUUGCCAAGUUGCAACAUUUAGCAGCUCUGAGUGCUACUAAUUGUUGUCUCAAUCCAUUAACUUGAUACUUAUGCUUGUUGGCAAAUAUUUGAGUCACUACAAUGACCAACUUCUCUCUAUAUUUCUGCAUAUGCUUGAGGCACAUGUAUUUGGAUAGUCUUUCCAUCAUGCGAAAUAAAAAAAUGUGAACUCUCAA